GCGGCGGGGCCGGGCCGGGGUGAGCUGCGGGGGCCGCGCGGUGCGCACGACUCGGCCGCGAUCCGCAGGCCGGCGGCGGAGCGGGGGCUGUAACUCGACACCGGAGCGAGAGGCCGAGCGGAGAGAGGGAGCGAGAGAGCGGCGGCGGAGACGGAGAGGAGCCCCAGGGAGCGGGAUGGUGACCACCUUCUUCCCCUCCCCUUAGCGGCGCUUCGCAGCAGCCGCCGCCGCAGCGCCGGGACUGUCGCCUGCACGGGGCCGGGGGAAGCCGGCGAUGGGGACGGGACGGGCCCCCUGAGUCACAGCGAACUUUCCCCGCCGCGGGCAGCCGGAGCCGAGCAGGCGGAUGGAGGAUGCGCCCUGCCCGGCGGGCUGCGUGAGCCGGCGGCGGGGGUAGCAUGAAGAAGAAGCAGCAGCACGGCGGCGGCGGGGACUGCCCGGCCACCCGGCCCCCCGCGGCGGUGGCGGCGGCAGGGGGCCCGAGCCAGGGCGGGGGCUGGAAGCGGCGGCGGCCCCUCUCGCUGCUGCCCUUCCUCUCUCUGCGCGACUACGGCUUCUGCAUGGCCGCCCUGCUGCUCUUCUGCGUGGGCUCCCUCUUCUACCAGCUCAACGGGGGACCCCCGCACUUUCUGCUGGACCUGCGGCACUAUCUGGGAAAUUCCACUUAUUUGGAUGACCACGGACCACCUCCUCAAAAGGUACUUCCUUUCCCCAGCCAGGUGAUCUACAACAGAGUUGGAAAGUGUGGGAGUAGAACUGUGGUUUUGCUUUUGAGAAUUUUAUCAGAGAAACACGGAUUCAACCUGGUCACAUCUGACAUUCAUAACAAAACAAGACUGACCAAAAAUGAACAGAUGGAACUGAUUAAAAACAUAAGCACUGCUGAGCAGCCCUAUUUAUUCACUAGACAUGUUCAUUUCCUCAACUUCUCAAGGUUUGGAGGAGACCAGCCGGUAUACAUCAAUAUCAUCAGAGAUCCUGUCAAUCGAUUUCUAUCCAAUUAUUUUUUCCGACGUUUCGGAGACUGGAGAGGAGAACAGAAUCACAUGAUCCGUACCCCCAGCAUGAGGCAGGAGGAAAGAUAUCUGGACAUUAAUGUGUGUAUCCUUGAAAACUACCCUGAAUGUUCCAACCCCAGGUUAUUUUAUAUCAUACCCUAUUUCUGUGGACAGCAUCCAAGAUGCAGGGAACCUGGUGAAUGGGCCCUUGAAAGAGCAAAGCUGAACGUUAAUGAAAACUUCCUGCUUGUGGGGAUUCUGGAGGAGUUGGAGGAUGUGCUGCUUUUAUUAGAAAGAUUCUUACCUCAUUAUUUCAAGGAUGUGCUUAGCAUCUACAAAAAUCCAGAACAUAGGAAACUUGGCAAUCUGACUGUGACAGUGAAAAAGACCGUCCCCUCUCCAGAAGCAAUACAGAUCCUCUACCAACGUAUGAGAUAUGAAUAUGAGUUUUAUUACUAUGUCAAAGAACAGUUCCACCUCUUAAAGCGCAAGUUUGGACUGAAGUCUCAUAUUAGGAAACCACGUCCCAGACCUGAGUUCUUCAUUCCUUCUCCCCUGGAAACAGAGGAACCGAUAGACGAUGAGGAAGAAGAUGAUGAAAAGUGGCUAGAGGAUAUCUAUAAAAGGUGAUGGAUGGAAGAACUAACCUUUCUCUUCUGGUGACCCCUCAAGCUUUCUUAAGAUUUUUUAAUUAUUAUUAAAAGUAAUUCUUCAAGAAACUGAGUUAAUGCACAGCAGCAUUUAAAACAGAACAAAACACGAUGUUCCCACGUGCAAUGGGGAGAUACCAGGUUUUGUGGGUUCGAUGUUAAUAAUACUAUGUUGGCUCCAUAGGUAUCUUGCUGUAGGGUAUUUCAAGAGAGAAUUAUCUGUUGUCUAUCACAAAAUAACUUUUGGAGUACACCACAGUCUUCUGGGCAUCCGCAAAACAUGAAAUACAUCGCGCUGUAUUGCAAAGUGGAUUUUACAGAUCCUAAUCUCUCUCUUUCUCCAGAAGCAAGUCGUCAUUGCAUAAUACUGUGGCAUUAACUACCAGAAAUGAGAAGGCAGUGAGCCAUUUGGGAAGGGUGCCUCUCUGCCCUGAGAGCACUGGUAUUCAUUCCAGUGAUGCAGUCAGAGCUUUUGCCAUGUGCUCACAUCUCGGGAUAACAGGCUCAAAACUGGGUUAGACAAUGGCUUCUGAAUUUCUCAGUGUGGGAGGAGUGAGUCUACUGUUCUGGCAAAUUAAUGUGAGUGGACAAAAGGCAAGUUACAGAAGCUAGAUAUUUUUGGUAAGUCCUUCUAAUUCAUACAGUAAAAAAAGUUACCAAGUCAGUGAAUGGCAAGAAUGAAGAAUUUGAAGAGUUGGGACAGGUGAUAUAAACCAUAGUUUUAUUUCUUACAGCUAAGUACAAUUCUAUUAGAUAUUGAAGGAAAAGAUGCAAGGCAUGGUUUUUAUGUUCAGGAAGAGUAUUUGUAGAUAUUUAAUUUUUAUUAUGGACCAGAAAUCCAAAGAGGUAUAGAAAAAAAAAGUCACUCAGUGAAAAAAACUUAAAAGAGAUGGAGCUCUUAUUCAGUGUAUAAGUGUUGUUUCUGUGGUCACAGAAUUGAACUGUUCUUGUAUGAAGCAGAGCACAGCUGUCCCUACAGGCAUCUGCUUUUGGGAUGGCUAGAAGUAAAAUUAAUAGAAAGGAUACGCGCAACCUCUCUAGUUGAAAUACUUCAGAAUUAUAAAACAAAAAGAAGCAGCUUUAUAAAAUUGUCAGCUCAGUAAUGCAUUGUUGCGGGAUGCACUGUGAAAGUCUGCCCUUGCUGGUGACUACAACUAGUACUACCAGACGGUAGGAAGUGGAGCGGUGGAGGCUGGGAUCAGAAAUGGGAGUAGAUCCCACAUUCAGUGUCUUUGAGAUAGGUGUCCUGGGGCCCCUGGUGCUGGUAGCACAGAAUUGACGUCAGUAGUGCUCAGGUUUCUUAAUGAGGCCUUAGCCUUUUGCUCAGAGGAAGCUAACCAAUAGAAGAUAACAGCAAUAAGCUCCUGUUCCAGGGCACAGGAAAGCAGCUCCUUGCCAGGAUGAGGCCAGUCAGUCACACAUCAGGAGCCAGGCUGCUGUGUCUAACUCACUCGUAUCUUCUCAAACAUCUGCUAGGUCAUUUUGGCUUCCUGUUCUACAGCUGCUCUACAGCAGUGUGACUUCUGUCUGCAAGGUCACCCUUCGGUGUGAACUAAGAAGCAAAAGUUAUCUUGUGAUGGACAAGGCGUAUAAACUCAGGCUAAGCUCACGUGUUUUUUUGAGAGUUUCCUCUGCCACAAUCCUGCUGAGAGCCAAUACCAAUUAUGACCUGUUUCCAUCACCAGUCGGUCUUUACUGUACCUACAUGCAGAGGGCAAAAAUAAAGUGUGUAAUCAUUGGAUUGGAUGUUGUGUUGGGGGACGUGAUUUAGUGGGAGCUAUUGGUAAUAGGUGAACGGUUGGACUGGAUGAUCUUUUAGGUCUUUUCCAACCUUGGUGAUUCUAUGAUUCUGUGUUAAGAAAAGGUGUUUAUUUACAGCAAAUGCUACAAAGAAAAUUCUAUUCUCAUUCACAUCCCAAGCUGGUGGUAGAAAUACGGUACCAUAAGGGAGUACAUUAAAGAAAGCUGAAAGUGGCAUGGAUAACAACUAACCUAUUAGCUAAAAUAUGAAUCUGCUGCAUUUUAUAUUUUAAGUGGUUUCUAUGAAAUUACAUUGAAAGAGUAAUGAUUAGUUUACACACUGUGGAAUUGUUAUAUUUUGGAAAGAAAAUUAAUAUUCUCACCUCUCAGAAGUUCCAUUUGACACUUUUUGCCAACGCUGUAACAGAGUAAUCAGUCACUUAACACAUUCCUGCAAGUUCACUGCCGCUUACUGUUAAGUCUAUUUUUAUCUGUUUAUUUAAUGGCAUCUUCAGCCAUCACUACUUAUAACCUAAAUACAAAAACUGUUAAACAAUUUACUUGCUAGGUUUUAAUGUUGUUGUAUUUUUCAUAACAAUUAACCUGGCCUCUCUUCCUUGAAUGGUACUUGAUAAAUUUAUCUGGCACACAGCAUCUAAGAUUCCUGGUCCUACAGCUUACUUGUCUGUCAUUAAACGCAUUUUACGUAAUUGUUAAAGGUACGCGUGAAGCUGGUUAAUCUUUGACUUAUUUAUUGAAACUUUUCGAUACAUUCCAAAUUUAAGUUGCUCAGGAAGAAAUUGAUUUAAAAGAUUAUAUUUUGAUCUGAUUAAUGUUUCUUAUUCAAAGAAAAACAUUGUUUUUAAUGCUUCAGCCCACAACAGCUUUGUAGGAAGUGCCAUGCAUGUACGUGUAAAUCUUUGUUGGGGGAAAAAGGUGGGUGCUUGGCAUUUAUGAAGAUAAGAAAAUAUAUGUGUAUUUCAGCUUAGCUAUAAAUGAAAGUAAGUAUGUUUUGGGAUGAAAUAUUCCUUAACUUAUUCACUACCAUCUCCUGAAAUAUAAAUAAGCCAUAUGACUCUAUUUUUCGGUCCAGCAAUGGUUAAAAAUAAAACUUGUGCAUUUCUUCUUAGCUCCAUAGUCUGCUUGCUUACACUAGUUUCCUUGCCUGGGUGGACUGGCUGUGGGGACGUGUGGAAUGGCACCUGAUGGAACAGGACUUUAUACAAUGUAGUUUAUUAUCUAAAGGUUGGACUUUAGCAGUGAGGUUGGGGCCGGUUGUUCCUGGGUUAUUUUCUGUGUCCCAGACUGUCCAGAGGUGUGAGAUUGAAAGCAGAAUUAUUUUGCUCACCAGAGAUAGAUGCAGUAAGUUCCCCAAAAUACCUUGUGUCAUCUACUUCAUGGCUGCUAAGUAAGAAAGUCUUAUGUUGAAAGGAAACAGAUUGGUUCCCAUACAGCAUGGUACUUGACAUGGUAUUUGGUGGCCAGGCUGAAAUUCUCCAAAAAUCCUAAGCAAUGCUAUAAUGCAAGUGAAUAUCAGCCCACUUGCUCUAAAGAGAGAAUCAAGCACUGGUAAAAAGCAGCAUUCUGGAAAAAAUAAAUAAAUAAAUAAAAUUUAGUUUCAAGUUUCAAUUGCAGUGACAAAUAGUGCCUUUUUUUCUCCUGUUUAGUUUACUUCUCUUCCACGUGUAUUGUUCUGAUGGUGUAUGGCAAAAUCAGAGUAUAUAAAAUGUUUUCUAUUUAUAUGUGUAGAAGUACCUCAGGAGAACUCAACGUACGUGAAACUGCAGAUAUAUUUGAGGUGUUUCCAUUUGUAAGUCUUUACCACUGUGCCGUUCUAAUGAAUUGUUUGAGUGUCAUAAAAUGCAAUGGUACGUAGUAUCAUCAAGACACAGAAUUACCGAUUUUCAACAUUGGAGACCAGGUCUGUGGGUAUUAGCCUUUGAACUCCUCCUCCUGUCAUAUUUGAUGCAAUAAAUAAAUAUAUUUAAUACAAAGGUACAUUUUUUGACUAACAAAGGAAACCACACUGAAUGCCAACUUGGAUGUUCUUUAUCAAACUAAAAAGCGAGGUCUGCCAAAGAAUAGAACUCUCCACCUUAUUACAAAAAUAAAGCUAUGUAAUUC